CAAUAAUGGCGCUCAUCAUUCUAGUCGGUCCUGAUCGAUAGCUUGAUGUUGAUAACUUAUUUUGUGUGAUUAUUUGAAAUAAUAUGUGAUUAAACAGAAUAAGGGAAAGCUGGUGAAAAAAAAUAUUUAAAGGUAUUAUUUUUAAUCACACGUUGGCAAAUGUACGUUUUAUUUCUUUAGCCUUGAUGGGACAUUUAAAUUUAAAGAAUAUUAAAGAAUAAUGAUGUAAAUGUAAGAUAAGAUAAGAUAAGAUUCUUUUAUUGAUCCAAAUAAAUAGAAAUGUUUUUUAGUUGCAUUUUACAUUUUCGGCACAUAAAUAAAACAAUUCGAAGACAAGACAUUUAUAAUAAAUUAUCUCAAACGGCCAUUCAGUGAGUUCUCUUAGCAAAAUCUGGGACUUAUUAGUUCUCAUGAAGAUGUCUAACUUCAGAGGGAGCACACCGGUAAAUUCGUACAGAUUGGGGAACAAACGAAUUUUUAUAUCUGUCAGUCCUCGCCUUGAUGGAAAGAAUUCGUCCCGAACGGCCCGAUCCUAAGUAACUGUGAUGAUGAGGGUGGGAUGCAUCAUCCAAAAUCUGUUUAGUUUUACAAAAACAUCUUUCUUCAAAUAGUUCUUCGAGUGAAGGAUGUUUAGUUUGUGUUAUGUUCCCAGCUUUCUUGAUAAGUCGGUUUAUGUGGUGUUUAAUAUCAGACGUUGAAUUCCCACAUCAGCAGGUAAUAUUGAAAUUAAGUAGGCUUCCAAUAGUUGCACUGUAGAAUAAGUUAAUGAUUUGCUUGUUUACGCCAAAAUUGUACAGUUUUUUUUUUUUUUUGGAGGUAGAACAGUCUUUAGUUGACUUUCUUAUACAGCAUUUGGUCGUGCUCUUGCCAUGUUAGCUUGUUAUUAAUGGUGACACCUAAGUACUUGUAUGCAUCCACUUUCUCCACAUUUUGAUUUUUUAUGUUGAGACCUGUAAUCUGGUGUUUCCCCCUCCUGAAAUCAGCAACCAUUUCCUUUGUUUUUGAGACACUCAGCUUGAGAAUAUUUUCAUCGCACCAAUUGAUAAAGCUUGUAACGAAACUGUGGUGUAGGGCUUCUCCUUCAGAUAUUAAGCCAACGAUGGUGGUAUCAUCAGCAAAUUUUAAGAUUGGAACGGUGUCGCUUGAGCUUUGAAUAUCAAUGGUAUAUACGAUAUACAGUACAGGAGAGAGAACGCAGCCUUGUGGUGCCCCUGUGCUUUCUCUGGUAAAAAGGGGGGGGGGUACUCAAGCCUGGAAAAGUCAAAAGGUUCAAGAUAAUGGAUGAAAUCGCAUUUUAAUCAGAACUGGUGGAAAAUCAAUCAUUCAACAGAAAAUAGAAAUGAAUUGCAUACAUUGUACGAGAAGAUAGAAAGCAUCUGCAAUUAAGAAACGAUUAAAUGAUUUUUAAGAAUACAAGUCAAGUUGUGAAAAUAAUCAGAGCCCCCAAAAAAGUAAUGUUCUCUCAAUCAAUGAUUACUAUUACUUUCCCUGAGAACUACGAGACCUAUUUAUAGUUUAUUCCUCAAAUCAAGGCCGCUAACCUCCAGUUUGAUUGAGCUAACUUCGAACUCAAAUCUGACAGUGCCGGACCUUUACAAAUAAACCAGUUUGUCCCCCCCCCUCCCAGUGAACGUAAAAGUUUCCUUAUUUUUAAAACUAUCUGUCAGUUUUUCGUUAAUUUAAAGGUUUUUUAUUUUAAAAUUAUUUUUUUGGCAGAUUCGACCGUGGAGGGAAAUUUCUAUCAGUUUUAUAUUGUCCCAGGAGAAACUGAUCAGAUGCAAAUAUGAGUGUCGCAACGAAAAAACACAAGAAAGAGGGGAAGAAGCACAAGUCUGGUGCCGGUGAGGUCAAUGACUGGGAAUGCAUUUGGACGUUGUUGUUGUUUUGGUUUUGGUUUUAAACGCAAUGAAUACACAAGCGUUACAAAUGUGGGCAUCACUUUUCGUUAGAGUCUCACUUAGACAUUACACAAAAACUUUUAACAAGUCUAUGAUUUUUUUAAUAAUUAUCUUUCUAUAGAGUUUCUCAUUCACUGAAAUUGUGGUACACACCCCUUGAAGCGACAAAAACAAAAACAAACAAAAACAGAAGAAAAAAUUGAAAAGUAAAAACAGGAAAAAAAGCUAGAAAUUUCGGGGCGAGUUUUUAAAAAAAAAUACUUUAUAUAGUUGCUAUAGUAAAUAAAAUUCCACAAGAAAUAUUUAUGUAAUAUACACUGCAACUUAUUAAUAACUUUGGGUUAUGUAGCCAAUGUAUAUCUAUCACUUAUGUCUGGCAUACAUUGCCAAACAAUAUGGAUUUCUGCCGUAUACUGCCAGUCAUGUUUUAGAUACGCUCCCUGUUUUAGAACAAGUUUGAGAAUCAUGUAGAUAGUCAAAUACUUUCCAUCUCAGGCGAAACGUCUGUGAAUGAAUAAAAAUUUGAUUUUUUUCCCCUUAAAUUUGUGCUUUUAAUUUUUAAAAAAGUAUCAUUAAUUGUAUGAACUUUAAUGAAUGCACACUUUUUCCAGAUGACACAUUCAAGACAGCAGUCACCUCAAAAAGUGUCGUUUAUCUAAAAAACACUUUGGGGAAUAUACUGCCACAGUGCCUGCAUGAAGUGUGUCAGGUAGGCUGUUACCUCCCUUUUAAUGACUGGAAGUGUUUCCUACAGGACCAUGAGAAGCCCGCUACGACACGAAUCCUUUAUUUUAUUGUAGCAAUGUGAUGGUGUUUGUCAUUAGUGGUCAUAUUUCGGUCAACACGAAGGAUGUUGUGAAAGGCUUUUUGAUAGAUGUGUUCCUGUGAAUGUGUAGUGUGGAAGAAUCGCAUUUCGGGCCAUGGGAAAUGCCCUGAUCCGUAGACCCCAGUGGUCCAAGGAAAGUGUUUGGGAUGUGAAAAUGUUUAAUGAGAUGGCGCGUGUUGUUUGUGUUCCAGCGGGAACUCACCAGUUACAACUUACAAAUCAUUAGUCAAAAGAUGGAGGCACCACGGUGCGGGCAUGUGCAGGGACGUACGGCGCUGCUACUAAAUGCCCAUUCAGAUUUGUGUCUGCACUUACAAAAGGGAUAUCGCCCUUGAUGUUGAUUUUCCCCAGACUGCUCUCAAAGGUUCUUAUGUUUUCAUCUUGAAACAUCGUGAAUGUAAAUAUCGCCGAAAGCGACGCCCUAAUUUCAGAUAUAACGCGGUCAUGCAAUGGAUAUGUGGGCAAUUUAGUUCAGUACCUGGGUAUGUUCAUAGUUCAGCUCAGUACCCUAAUAUAUAUCUAAACUGUAUUCAUUAUCUUCUUUCUCUUCCCUAACGUUUUGGACACGCACUCUUACCACAUUUGCUCAACAACAUAAACAAUUUAUGCGCAUAGAAUGUAUGUAGUUGGGCAGUUGUGAUAAACAAAUACAGUCGUCCCUCGCCACUUCGCGCCUCGACUUUCGUGGCUUCGCUCUAUCGCGUUCAAAUAAUAAAUAACCUGUAUUCAUUAAAAAGUUAAUUGGGAUAGUGGAAAUGUCACAGCGCGCGUUCGGUUGUCUGAGUCGGCUAUACAUGGCAUCCUUCCGUCUUCACAAGGCGAUGGAGUAGCUGUGUUGUCCUACACUUCGACGAAUGGCUCACUAGGUCAAUCCUAGAAUGACAAUCUCGACUGCACUUCUCGCAGGAGAUUAUUGAUUCCUGGUAAGAUCUUGACGUCCGUAUUGUUCUUUUUUGUUGCAAGGGCCUCGUUUCGCAUAUCUUCUGCCUUUUUAAUUCCUACAUACACUGUUGUUCACCAGCUGGAACGUUGUUCGGCAAUGAGCUCCCGUUCGUUGUUUUUAACAUUGGUUUCCCUCAUGACGUCCAUAAGUCUCAGGCGUGGCCGUCCAAUAAGUCUUGUUCCUCCUGCCAACUCUCCAUAAAGCAGCAUCUUUGGGAUACGGCCUUCCUCCACUCUCCUUACGUGGCCUAACUAGCGAAGGCGCCACUUGCUAAGAAAGGAGAAUAUGCUAAACCUUUUUGCACGUUCCAAGACCUCCGUGUUAGGCACCUUGUCCUGCCAUCGAAUGCGUAAAAUGUGACGCAGACAUCUUUGGUGGAAGCUGUUGAGUUUACGCUCCUGACUGGUAUAUGUGGUCCACACUUCGCUGCCAUACAGGAGCGCAAUAAGCACACAUGCUUGAUAGACACUUAAUUUUGUUUUAUCAGUUAGAUUGAAAUUAUUCCAGACCCGCUUAUUCAGUUUAGCCUUAGUUCCUGCUGCUUUGGCGAUCCUGAUUUAUAGUCGGUUAUACACCCCUGUAUUACAAUUACAAUUACUGUACAUAUGGACUGUAGGCCUAUGUAUCCGAGCGUCCCCAGAGGGUCUAAUAAUGUCAAAAAAACAUGUUUGGGGGGCUUUAAACAUGUUUUAUAGGCUUAAAUAACUAUGAACAAAUAUUCGAUUUAUAAAUAAAGAAUUCUACUUCGCGGAAGUUCACUUAUCUGGAACUGAUUGACAGCGAUAAAAGAGAGAACGCUGUUGUUGAUCUUUUGUCCUACAGUGCUAUGCAGAGAAAUACGUGAAACGGCUCUACAGUUGAUGUGCAAGAUAUUUUUGUUGUCUUUGGAGACGAUGUGCGUUAUCCCCUGGAUCGACGACGAGCUGGCUGUGAACAGAGAUCCAUCUAUUCAUUCAGUUCUAAUAUCAAUGUUUUUUCUUUUAUAACUGAGAUUAUAUUUGAAUGCCACAAAUUGUAUGAACAUAUUUGUUUAAUUGUGACAUUGACCUUAAAGACUCUAUAAGGUCAUGAUUUUGUCCAUUCUGUGCAGAAACGGCCUCGCGACCCCAUUGAAUUCAUUGCCUUAUGUCUCUACAAGUCCGUGGACUGUGAACUCUACUUCUAUGAAAAGGCGAUAUUUUCUAAGGUUGGUUCAGAUUGGUAUACACGUGUGUUAUUGGUUUGUAACACCUGUAUGUGAUUUAACAUUUUCUUAAACAACUAGCUCGAUUCCAAAACAUUUUAAAUCGGUUUUUAAUACAAUCUAUAACAGGUAAUUUAUUUGAUAAAAUAGUGUUUUUGUUCCCAAGAUUUAGAAACUAGGACAUUCCCCGGUACCAUGAGACAUUUCCUAGACCUGAGACAUUCCCUAGUACCUGAGACAUUCCCCAGUACCUGAGACAUUCCCUAGUACCUGAGAUAUUCCCUAGAACCUGAGACAUUCCCGAGUACCAUGAAACAUUCCCUAGUACCAUGAGACAUUCCCUAGUACUUGAGACAUUCCCCAGUACAAUGAGACAUUCCCCAGUACCAUGAGACAUUGCCUAGUACCUGAGACAUUCCCGAGUACCAUGAGACAUUCCUUAGUACUUUUAGAUGUUAGACAUAAUAGUAGAGUUUUCGAUGUGAGACACAUUAGUAGAGUUUAAAUUUUAUACAUAAUAGCAGAAUUUUAGAUGUUCGACAUAAUAGUAGAGUUUAGAUAUUAGUCAUACUAGCCGAGUUUUUUAUGUUAGACAUAAUAGUAAUUGUAAACCUGUUGACACAACUUAACUCCAGGAAUUGCAACUCAUGGCUUUGGAGCUGCAGAAGGAGAAUGCGGUUAGACAAGGCAACAUUGAAAAGAUCAAGAAGAAGAUCCACGAGCUCAAGGUAAGCGGCACGCACGCAGUAAGCGCGCAACUUAAAACAACUUGGUGUGCGGGCAAAGCUAUUUGGAAUAUGGUAAGAAUAAGUUGUUGACGACUGAACUUACCAGCACGUUGUUGACCGUGUAUUCAAACGUUCUAUACGUUUUUAGAACGUAAUUGCAAUGCAACCUUGCAGAUAAUUAUCAUACAACUGAUUACAUGCUCACAGACGAUCCAAUUUUCAUCGAGUGUAAGGAUUUCGAAGUGCGGCACAAGCAGUUAGCCAGUGUUAAAUGUUUAUGUGUGGAUCACAUCAAUGAAAUGACGUACGACUCAAACCCUCUAUAGGCCUGCAGUUUUCUAAACAUAUUAUACACGUAUUUUAAUGUUAAAGGUAACCAUCUGCCUUUGCAGUGCUCUUUACACCUACAAAAUCUCUUACACAUACCGUACUUGGUUAACAGGACACACGCAUUCUUAUACACGCACCGCAUUGGUUUACCGAACAUGCAUAUCUCAUACACAUACUUUACUCGGUUAACAGGACAUAAAUGAAGUUUGCAAAGCGAAUCUUAAACUGACCAAUUGAAAUUUACUGGGAUUCUAUUGAACGUUGGAAUAACUCAAAACGAGGUUGACGUGCAUUCGGCUACAGUGCAAUACUUAGUUAAUACUUAGUCGAUAACGGGGGAAAAGAAGCGCCACGCUACUCCCUAAAGAAAUUGAACACGUGCGUCCACGCACAUGAAGUCAUAACUCUUCCUACUAACUACCUAUCAAUCAAUAUUAGAUCUUAUGCUAGGUUAGCUAUACUGUUGAUGAAUUUCAUAUGGAAAGAAAAUGACCAAUUUCUUUUAACAGAUACUGCUCAGAGGGGAUAAAAGAAUUGAGAAUAUGUUGUGGAUGGAAGCCCAAAAGAGGCUGCUCCUCGCCGCUGAAGAGGAAGAAGAAGAGGAGCACAAGGAAGAAGAGUAUGAGGCAGAGGAGGAAUCACCGAAACAAUCUGAGACCCAGAUAGAAGACCUGGCCGAGCAACAAGAGCCUAGCGAGACUGGAACGAAGAGCAGCUCCAAGUUCAAAAGCUCAGCGGUAAAAGCAAAGAAGGCCAGGAUCAAGAAGAAACGAAAGAUGGCGAAACUACACAAAGGUCAGCCAGGUUACACUGCGGAUCAGGUCAGCCCGUCCGUCUCGGGGUCCGACGUGGAUCGAGCCGGGAGGUACAGCGUGUCCGAUCAGGGGGAGGAGGACUAUUUGAACCUCGAGGAUGACGAAGAUGAGUUAGAUCUGGGUUCUGAGGAUUCUGAAGAUGAUUCGGAUGAAAUAGAUGGCGUGUACAAGGCGAAGAAGAGGAAGAAAAGCAGACGAUCAGGUAGGAAGCCGUCCCAUAAGAAGAAGAGCGUUGCAUCUUCUCAUUCUGAGGACGACAGUGAAUCCGAUGAAUCGGACGACGAUGACUCGACCACUGGAACAACGCCGAAACAGACCCCAAAGAAGGGCUCGGUGUACAGGGAUUCCCGAGACCUCGAUUUAGACAAAGGAAGGCGAAGCAGCAAGAAAUUUCCUUCCAAGUAUUUCCUUGGAUCGCCAGACGAGUUUUACAACAAGAGAUCGAAAAAAAUUAGCGAAGCGAAACGAAUGGAGGAAACGAAGCCAAUCAAGAUGACACGCGGCGUUAGUGACCACUCCCACCCAAGACGAGGAAGGAAGGCCACCAGGCGCGACGAUGCCGAUCACGACAUUAAACGAUGGAAGAGAAGUGAACAUGACGAGGACUUCUUACGUCACAAGAAACAAAAGCACGAACAUGGCGGCCGCAGUCAGAGCACAAAAUUGGGAGAGUCGGACGCGGAACUCACGAGACCUAAAAAACUGCCGAGGCCUUCGAAGUUUGAGAGUAAGGGAGAUGAUGAAGAGCCGGUAAAGGAGUUUAGAAGGGAAGAAAAGGAAGACUACCAAAGAAAGCACCCACGCAGGGGGUCCAGAAAGGAAGGUAAAAAGCCCUUUGAUAAGAAAGGUAAAAAAGAUAAAGCUGCAUCGUCUGAUGACGACAUCGCGGACAAGCUAAGUGAUGACGUCAGUCCGCAUUCGCCUUCCGACAGCGAUGAAGAAUAUCGAAAGAAGAGAGGUAAAAGGUCAUCUAAAAGAUCUAUUAAACACGGAGUGAGUCGCUCAAAGUUGGGAAGAGCAGGACGUAAGUCGGUGGCCGCUUCUGAAUUCAAGCGUGAAGCUAGAGCCGCUAAGAAGUCAAUCGGUUAUAAACCCAAGAAAGAAAGCGACCUCGAUCUCGAAUCACCGGAAUUUCGGAGAUCAAAGAAGAAGGCGAGAAAAGAUGUUCGGGAAGAAGACGCCGGAGAAGACGAGGAGUAUCCUGAAGCUGAUGAGAAUCUCAAGCAGAAGAUGUCCCCUGGCUUAGAUAAGUUACGUAGGAAGCCAAAGAAACAAGCGGUGGCUGAUUCAAAAAAACGCUUGAAAGGUCAUAUUGAUUCCUCGGAUGUUGACCUGUACCAAGGCAGUGACGUAAGUUCUGUAUCAAUGUCUCCUACUACCUUAUCAUCGAUUUCAACUGUUCAGGAGUCUCAAGCUGCACAGUUAACAAGCUUACAAGACAGAGUGGAAACUGAAAAGAAGAAAAAACGUGAUAGGAGACCUAGAGCUGAGGUCAAGCCAUCGGAUGAUGAAGUAGAGGUUACCAAGAAGAAAAGGGAUAAAGUAAAAUCUGAACGAAAAGAAUCAUACACUGAUAGGAAAUCUAAAAAGAAAAUACUCCCAAAGGACGACGAAGUCGAAGAAGAUGUUGAAGAGGAAUUGGUCAGACCCAGACCAGACGGCAAAGAAGCAGCUCGCGGUGAGCACAAAGCUGUCCGGAAACAGCGUGAAACGGGCGCGACGCAGAAAUCUAAGCUUCUGAAAUCCAGAGAUUAUGACUCGUUCGAGGACCUACAGGAGGACCAGGCGGGCUAUUCUAGAGACGACGAUGAUGUCAGGCCCUCGGCAAGGCAGGCCAAAAAGAAGAAAGCAGAGCAAGUCAGGCGUGGCGUAGACGACGCCGGGGACGAUGAGGCUUACGAGCCGAAGAAAAAACGUCGUGAGAAAAAGAGCGAUUCGAGAGAGGAGUCGGAAACGGAUGAAUCUUCUGAGCGAAAGAGGAAGCGAGACCAAAUCAGAAAAGAAAGGAAAGAAUCCGAAGAGGAAUUUAUGGACAUGAGAAAACCUCUGGUUAAGGGUAUAUUGGAUGCGGAGGAGACAGAACCAGAGGAAGAGCACGAAACAAAGAGAGAAUCUGAGAAGGAGAGGGAGGAGAGAGGGGAACUAGGUGUGGAAGUGGGGGAACACAAGAGAAAACGGGGCAAAGUCAGAAAAGGAAAAGGAAAAUCAGACAUUGAGGAUGCCGAUGACUCGUGGAGAAAACGUGAGAAAAGCAGCGAUGAUAGGGAAGAUGUCGAGUCAGAGGAAGCGUAUCCAAGCGAGAAAAUGCACGAGGAAGGUGGGGAGGAACGAGAAGAACUAGAACUGGACGAUGCGCACGAACAAAAGAAAAGACGUUACAAAAGCAAGAAAAGAAAGGAAGUUUCAGAUCUGGAGGAUGAUGAUGAAACGAGAAAACACGACAGAGAAGAGGGUGAGUUGGAAGAGCCUCGCGAGACAAAAAGGAAACGAGAUAGACUGAGGAAAGUAAUAAAACCAUCAGUUGUUGAGGAUGGAGAUGAAACAGCGAGGAAGGAUGACAGAAGCAGGGAUGAUAGGGAAGAUGAAGAAUUAGACGAGGCUUAUGAACCAAAGAGGAGGAGAGACAAGAGCAAGGAAGGCAGGGAUGAUACAGAAUUAGACGAGGCUUAUGGGCCAAAGAAGAGAAAAGAUAUGACCAAGGAAGGCAGAGAUGAUGCAGAAUUCGACGAGGCUUUUGAACCAAAGAAGAGAAAAGACAAGACAAAGGAAACCAGAGAUGAUACAGAAUUAGACGAGGCUUUUGAACCAAAGAAGAGAAAAGCCAAGACCAAGGCUGGUAGGGAUGAGGCAGAAUUAGACGAGGCUUAUGAACCAAAGAAGAGAAAAGACAAAACCAAGGAAGGCAGAGAUGAUGCAGAAUUAGACGUGGCUUAUGAACCAAAGAAGAGAAAAGACAAAACCAAGGAAGGCAGAGAUGAUGCAGAAUUAGACGAGGCUUAUGAACCAAAGAAGAGAAAAGACAAGACAAGGGAAGGAAGAGAGGAUAUAGAAUCAGACGAGGCUUACGAACCUAAGAGGAGAAGAGAAAAGAGCAAGGAAGGUAUAGAUGAUGCAGAAUUAGACGAGGCUUAUGAACCGAAGAAGAGAAAAGACAAGACAAGGGAAGGAAGAGAGGAUAUAGAAUCAGACGAGGCUUACGAACCUAAGAGGAGAAGAGACAAGACCAAGGAACGCAGAGAUGAAACAGAAUCAGACGAGGCUUACGAACCUAGGAGGAGAAAAGACAAGGGCAAGGAAGGUAGAGAUGAUAGAGAAUUAGACGAUUUUUACGAACGAAAGAAGAGAAGAGUGAAACCUAAGCAAGACAGAGAUGAUACCGAAUUAGACGAGGCUUACGAACCUAAGAGGAGAAGAGACAAGAGCUUGGAAGGCAGAGAUGAUGCAGAAUUAGAUGAGGCUUACGAACCUAAGAGGAGAAGAGAACAGAGCAAGGAAGGCAGAGAUGAUACAGAACUAGACGAGUCUUACGAACCAAAGAGGAGAAGAGACAAAACCAAGGAAGGUAGGGAUGAUACAGAACUAGACGAGUCUUACGAACCAAAAAGGAAAAAAGACAAGGGCAAGGAAGGCAGAGAUGAAAUAGAAUCAGAUGAUAAGAAAAAACGUGAGAAGGUUACAGAUGGGAGGAAAGAAAAGGAAGAAGAACUCGGUCAUGAAGAUGUUGAUGAUUAUAAAAGAAAACGUGAUAAAAUCAAAAAAGGAAAAGGAGCCGCCGGUCCUGGUGACAUUUAUGAUUCAGAGAGAAAAGAGGAAGGCAGCAUCGACGAUGUGGAUGAAGCGGAAUUCGACGAACCAAAGAAAAAAAGCGGCAGAGUCAAAAAGGGUAAAGAGACAGGCCCUGAUGAUGUUUAUGACAUGAAAAGAAAACGUGGCAAAAGCAAAGACGAGAGAGAAGAUGCUGAACUAGAUGAGACGUACACGCCGAAGAAAAAACUAGACACCAGCCGACGGGAUAGCGAGGAAGAAGAAGAAACAGAAGAACCAAAGAAAAAACGUGAGAAAAUUAAAAAAGGUAAAGAAACCCAUGAGGAUGUUGACGAUAAGAGAAGAAAAAGAAGCAUAGAUAGAGAAUAUGGUGAACAAGAGGAGGAUGUCUCACCACGGAUGAAACCCGACAAAGGCUUAGUGGAUGCCGAAGAAGUAGAGUUAGAGGAACCAAAGAGGAAGCGCGACAAAGUAAAAAAAGUCAGAGAAGCCCUGGACGCCGAGGACGUUGAUGUCAGCAAGAGAAGGAGCCCGAAGGUCAGGGACGGAAGAGAUGAAGCAGAAUUAAGUGAGUCGUACGAACCCAAGAAAAAACGUGACAAAGCUGGACGAGACAGCGAUCAGCUUGAGCCGGGUGAAGCCGUACCGGGAAAGAAGAAACGUGAAAGAAGUAAGUCGGAUAAGGAAGAUAGUGAAACAGACGAAGGACGCGAACCGAAGAAAAGACGCGAGAAGGAUAAGAGGGAAACUGAAGAAAGAGAAGAAGAUGAGGACGUGGAGCCCAGAAAAAAACGCCGAGACACGGGUAGGAUUGAAGAUAUUUCAUCUGAGAGGAGACAGCCACGGGAAAAAGACAUGGAACUCCUGGAAGAAAAUGACUCAGACGAGGGCUCGCAACGAUCUCAGGAGUCGGAAACGGAUAGAAGUGGCAGGAAGAAAACAAAGGAAAAAGCCCGUAAAACCAUGGCAGCGGAGGAUGUGGAGACGGACGAAAAGCGUAGAGAAAUAGAGCCGAAACGAAAGGGCCGACGAGAUGAGGACUAUGAUGAAGACAGGGCCUCAGUGGCUGCGUCUGAAGAUGGUGCCGCCAGUGACAUGGGCCGGAGGAGGAGAAAAAUUGCCAAACGGCUUGAUCAAGAGGACGAGCAAGAAGAUAUCACCAAGAAGCCGAAAAGACUUCCCAGACCAGCGGAUGAUGAGGCUCCGGAGCGGCGCACAAAGAAAAAGGAAUACCCUGAAAGUGAGGAUUCUGUCAAGACCGUCAGGUCGACCAAACCCCGAGAUUCACUAAGAGAGAAGGAACGCGCGGAGGCAGAAAGUCCACCUAGAACAAUCUUAGUCACACAACCCUCAGAUAUGAGUCCUGAAGAGCGUAAAGGGGCAGCGGGGACGGAUGAAGCGGAGGAGGACGUGAAACAACUGCGCCCGUCUGUCAGCCGUCGGAAGGACACAGAUGAUGAUGACUACGAUUACUACACGCCGUCCAGAAGGCAAACCGACGACGAGGACUAUCAAAGGAAAAAGUUUUCCGAGGAUGAAACUGUGCUCACCCGGGGAGCAUCAAGUCAGGACCAGCGGAAAUUGCGCAAGAGACGCAUCUCAAAGUUGUUCACACCGAUCAUCUGCGAGUGGUACCUGGACAAACCCCGAGUUCUCGUCUGCAAACAUCCGAUUCUAGGGGAGAUCCGUUCUCAUCAACCAAUGCUCUUUUCUGUCAUGGGUAAGUCAUAAUCUCAUCGACCAAUGUAAUUUUCUGUCAUGGGUUUUUCAUGAUCUCAUCGACCAAUGUAAUUUUCUGUCAUGGGUUAGUCAUGAUCUCAUCGACCAAUGUAAUUUUCUGUCAUGGGUUAGUCAUGAUCUCAUCGACCGAUGUAAUUUUUCUGUCAUGGGUUAGUCAUGAUCUCAUCAACCAAUGCUCUUUUCUAUAAUCGGUAAGCCAUGUUCUCAUCAACCAAUGUUCUUUUCUGUAAUCGGUAAGUCAUGAUCUAAUCAACCAAUAUAAUUCUCUGUAAACCAAUGCAUGUGUCAGAGAUGGUUAAUUCAUAAUGUCAUCAACCAAUGCCACUUUUUUUUAUGGGUGAGUCUUGAUCUCAUCAAUCAAUGCAAUUUCUUCGGUGAGUCACCAAGUGGAUAUAAGCCAAUCAGAGAUAUCACAAACUUCUCUUUUAGACAUUCUUGUUACAUUCUCCCACUAUUUACAGUUUUAUGUUUGAUAUAAAAUGUAUUUCUAUAAUUCAUUCACGCUUUUCAACAACUCAAAUCUACUUUUUGAAAGGCUGGCUCACAUCUUAUUGCCACUAACUCACCAAUUACUACCACUAACUCACUUAUUCCUAUAACUGAUUUAAAGAAUGUUGUACCAGCAGCUCUAUGUAACAUUUAGCUAAUGAGGCCAUUAAAUGAAUGUCUUCUCUGACGGUGUAGAAGAGCUAAAUUCUGAGACGACGCUCGAAUUACAACAUUCUCUGAAUACCUUGAACGCGAUAAUUCUCAGUGAGCCUCGAAAAGAUUUCUUCAGUAGGGCUUUUGACUCUCAAUAGGGCCGCACUGGCUCUGUUCCGUAUUAUGCUUAAAUUCCAAAUGUUGCCAUUGAAUUUCGGUUUUAAUUAAAACCGGAGAUAAACCUGACAAGAACAUAUUUGCCUGGACCUCUCUAAGGCAGGCGCCUGAAGUUGCCAAAUGCCAUGAUUGUACAGAGUCCAUAAACAUUUGCGAUAAGAUGUCUUUACCGUAGAAAUCAGUCAAAGUUUCAGACGUCCGUCAAAAAAAAAAAAAAAAGACAUUUAAAAAAAAAAAAAUAAAAAGAGAAAAAAAUGCUCUUCCGAAAUAAAAAAAAAAAAAAAAGACAUUUAAAAAAAAAAAAAUAAAGCGAGAAUAAAAUGGUAAUCUCAUCUCAGCUUGUCAAUUUCUUCUUGAUUAUUUUUAACUUAUGUGAUCAUAAUCAGCUGAAACUCAAAGCAUAAGAAAAUGCCAUACAAUAAACUAACGUUAUAAAAUAGACUUACGCUUCUUGUCAUGACAUAAAAUAUUUGAGACAAAGUCCUAGAGCCAUGUGUGGCCAACAAAACGUCAUCUGUGAUAGGUCCUCACCGUAUGGCCACAGAAACAAUGUGAGAGUCUGGAACACACUUUGUUGUCUCCUAGCCCCUACAAGACUGAUGUGUAGAACUCCAUUGUUGUCUCCUAGCCGCUACAAGGCUGAUGUGUAGAACUCCGUUGUUGUCUCAUAGCCGCUACAAGGCUGAUGUGUAGAACUCCGUUGUUGUCUCCUAGCCGCUACAAGGCUGAUGUGUAGAACUCCGUUGUUGUCUCCUAGCCCCCACAAGGCUGAUGUGUAGAACUCCAUUGUUGUCUCCUAGCCGCUACAAGGCUGAUGAGUAGAACUUCGUUGUUGUCUCCUAGCCGCUACAAGGCUGAUGUGUAGAACUCCGUUGUUGUCUCCUAGCCCCCACAAGGCUGAUUUGUAGAACUCCGUUGUUGUCUCCUAGCCCCCACAAGGCUGAUGUGUAGAACUCCGUUGUUGUCUCCUAGCCCCCACAAGGCUGAUUUGUAGAACUCCGUUGUUGUCUCCUAGCCCCCACAAGGCUGAUGUGUAGAACUCCGUUGUUGUCUCCUAGCCGCUACAAGGCUGAUGUGUAGAACUCCGUUGUUGUCUCCUGAUGUGUUAUAUCGAGUAAACAAACUUGACAAGACGGUUUAAAAUAAUAAGCAUUAUUCAAGAAUUUAUAUACUGUGUUAAACAGAGUCCACAACGUUGGCGGACCAGUAAUAACUGGCGUUCACAAUAGAACAAAAUGAAGGUACACUCAACUCUUCAAAGUGAUAACUCACCGCUAUACUAUAAUAAAAACAAUGUUCUCUGUCGUUCACCACAAGUAACCCCCCCCCCCAACAACACGUUGAUUUUUCUAACACGACAUAGGUCAUAGGUCAUACGUUAUACUUCUUACGUGGGUGAGUAAAAUUCGUGUGAUAUCAAGGGAAAUAAGUAAAGGUAAAAAAAAAGUAAUUUAAAAAAAAAUCACUUUUGCUCACUCACACAACCGGACACAGAACUAACUUAUUCUGGUGAAAGGUCUGAGAUUACUAUCUUAAGACCCCGGCUAGUAAAUUGGCUACCAAUUUCAUCUGCUGAGCCAUACAUUUUCCUCACAAAUAUAUGGCUACCAGCUCCAUCUGCUGAGCCAUACAUUUUCCUCACAAAUAUAUGGCUACCAGCUCCAUCUGCUGAGCCAUACAUUUUCCUCACAAAUAUAUGGCUACCAGCUCCAUCUGCUGAGCCAUACAUUUUCCUCACAAAUAUAUGGCUACCAGCUCCAUCUGCUGAGCCAUACAUUUUCCUCACAAAUAUAUGGCUACCAGCUCCAUCUGCUGAGCCAUACAUUUUCCUCACAAAUAUAUGGCUACCAGCUCCAUCUGCUGAGCCAUACAUUUUCCUCACAAAUAUAUGGCUACCAGCUCCAUCUGCUGAGCCAUACAUUUUCCUCACAAAUAUAUGGCUACCAGCUCCAUCUGCUGAGCCAUACAUUUUCCUCACAAAUAUAUGGCUACCAGCUCCAUCUGCUGAGCCAUACAUUUUCCUCACAAAUAUAUGGCUACCAGCUCCAUCUGCUGAGCCAUACAUUUUCCUCACAAAUAUAUGGCUACCAGCUCCAUCUGCUGAGCCAUACAUUUUCCUCACAAAUAUAUGGCUACCAGCUCCAUCUGCUGAGCCAUACAUUUUCCUCACAAAUAUAUGGCUACCAGCUCCAUCUGCUGAGCCAUACAUUUUCCUCACAAAUAUAUGGCUACCAGCUCCAUCUGCUGAGCCAUACAUUUUCCUCACAAAUAUAUGGCUACCAGCUCCAUCUGCUGAGCCAUACAUUUUCCUCACAAAUAUAUGGCUACCAGCUCCAUCUGCUGAGCCAUACAUUUUCCUCACAAAUAUAUGGCUACCAGCUCCAUCUGCUGAGCCAUACAUUUUCCUCACAAAUAUAUGGCUACCAGCUCCAUCUGCUGAGCCAUACAUUUUCCUCACAAAUAUAUGGCUACCAGCUCCAUCUGCAAAUGGCUCUACAACCCCCGGGAAUCUUUUUUUUUUUUUUUUGCUGGCAUCCGUCCGUGGGAGUGGGCUUCGGAGGACGAAAUCCACCUGGGAUUAUAAUUCAAGGGUUAUAAGCUGGUUCCCAACAGCAAAUCGCCUCUCUCCACGCCGCUGGGCAACCCAAGGGAACAUCAUUGGAUGAUACAGCUUGGCACCAGUGACGUCGCAGGAGUUGUCGGAAUGUUUCAUUUCCGCGUAUCACUCACCAAAUCAUCAACAUGUUGACUUUCAAGGCAAGACAUUGUGAUCUUAACGUAAACGUUUAAAGAACUUUUCAAAUCUCUGUCCUAAAUUUAAUUUGUAAGAUCUAGUUCGGUGGUUCAGCGUCAUGUCUCGUAACGACCAAUUUAAAUGUAUCGUUUAUGAUAACUUUUAUUUAGAAAGUAUCUACAGCCGGCACUCAAAUACCCAUGACCUUAAAUUAGUCUUAAUAAUUUAUUGUCGUCAUUAAUGCUUUCAUCAAAUUUUUUUUUAAAGACAUUUACCAUCGAAAGGCCAAUCUGAUUGGAUGCUUUCAUAACCAUUUUUAUCUGGUAGGAAUUUAAGCGUUAAAAAUCAAACGGCUCGGUAAAUUUAAUUUCUUGCCGGAAUGCUAACAAAAAAUGUUGAAAACUCGGAUGAAUUUAAUUUUGAUGAGGAUGUCGAUGAAACGUAUGAUGAGAAAGAGGAUCUUUUUUGUUUGCAUUCCCAGAAACACCUGCGUACUGGGAUCACGAGCAGUUCAACUGCCAGGUGUUUUACGAGUCCGAGAUCUACAGCGUGUGCAACCCUCGGGCCGAUGAUGAUAAGUAUAAGCACCUCAUGAUGGAGUGGCACGAGGAAGAUUGGGACUAAAUGGAGGAAUGCUAACCAAAACAAGAAAUGGUGACUAAAUAGAAAAAUAAUCAUCCUUGUGAGGGUUUGUAAGAAAUUAUCAUCCUUGUGAGGGAUAUUAAGAAAUGUUCAUCCUUGUGAGGUAUAGUAAGAAAUAAUCAUCCUUGUGAGUAAGAAAAUAAGCAUCGAUAUGAGGGAUAGUAAGAAAUAAUCAUCCUUGUGAGUGAUAGUAAGAAAUAAUCAUUCUUGUGAGGGAUAGUAAGAAAUAAUCAUCGUUGUUACGGAUAAUAAGAAAUAAUCAUCCUUGUGAGGGAUAGUAAGAAAUAAUCAUCCUUGUGAGGGAUAUUAAGAAAUAAUCAUCGUUGUUAGGGAUAAUAAGAAAAAAUCAUCCUUGUGAGGGAUAUUAAGAAAUAAUCAUCCUUGUUUGGGAUAUUAAGAAUAUUUUUAUUCAUAUGAGGAGUAGUAAAUAUAUAAUAAUUUAUGCCAGGAAUAGAACAUAAUCUCAAAUUUCACACACCUGUAUAAUCAUUCGAACAUCAACCACAUCGAUAUUUUUCAAGCGCAUAUCUUUAAUUCUAGUUAGUUUUCAACACGGAUCAUUGUGGCCAUUGUGUUUAUUUCGCCUCUCCUUUAUUGAUAACGCGAGUGUAGGCUGAUGGCGGGUGGCACAGUGGUUCCAAGAGUUUGAGACAAAGACUCUUUUUAUCCUUUGUGUUUCAGAUGACGUCAUUGUGACACAGAGCCGACUAUCUUUCCAGCUCGCGCGUUAUCGGAUGCUCCUGGUCCUAAAUUAAACUCGCAGUGGGAUUUCUUCUUUUUCUUUUUGUUUGUUCUGUAAUAAUUGAUAGAUCCUAUAUUUCUAGAUUUUACUUUACACGCGUUUAUAG